GGGGAAAAGCGAAGCGUGCAGAGAACGAGAAUCGAACUCGGACUCUACUCUAUUAGUAAAAGUAGCUUGCUUUAACGGCGUUACUCAAAAAGGGCUACUUGUAGUUGUAAACACAUGGAAGAGAGAGAAAUUAUUAUAUGUAACAUUUAAAAAUUAAAUAUGCAUCCCAAAAUGCAGAAAGACAAGAGAAAAGCAGAGUUUAAUGAUAGCUUAGAUAAUAGGAAACUGAUGAAGGAAGAUAUUAUCUGGGAUCUUGUUCCUGUCCUUGAUGAUAAAUACCAUUCAAAUCUAGAAGAAGAAUUAGUUUUUGUUGCUGAAGUAAUUGAUAAAAAAGAAACUUCUCGACUGGUUAAAGAUCUCUCAACUAUAUAUCCAGUUCCUGAAUUAAUUCAUCUGAAAAGAGUGAGAACAAGAAAAAUUGGAGAUGAAUAUAAAGUAGAAAUUCUGCUUCUACCAGUAAAAGAAGUAAAUGAAUUAGGAAAUUUGCAAGUGGGUGAAAAUGUUGCAACAGAAAAGAUACUAAGAAAAGCUAUAACUAGAUAUGGACUUUCAGAAUAUGCAACUGUACAUUCUGUGGCUAAAACUGCACCAUUAACUAGAGCACAGUUUGAAGCUGCAUCACUUUUAUGGGCUACACAAUUUCAUGAGGAUAAAUAUAUUUCGAAGAUAUUAAAUGACAAACUGUUUACUUUUAAAGAUAAAAGCAGAAUGGAAAAUUAUAUGAAAAGAGCCAUCGAAGCAGCACUUAAAGCAAAAAGUCCUGUUGGAGCAAUUGUAAUAAAUCCCUCUACAAGUGAAGUUAUAUGCAUUGCUGUUGAUUUAAGAAAACUUCAUCCUCUUCAGCAUGCUGUAAUGGUUGCAAUAGAUCUUGUUGCUCAAAGUCAAGGAGGCGGCACUUGGAAAAUGACUGAUCCUAAUUUAUUCUUCAAAAAAGAUACUUGCACAUCUACUGUUCCAUACUUGUGUACGGGUUAUGAAUUAUAUGUGACAAGAGAACCAUGCACUAUGUNUUCUCUACUUCAGAGUCCUGUUGGAGCAAUUGUAAUAAAUCCCUCUACAAGUGAAGUUAUAUGCAUUGCUGUUGAUUUAAGAAAACUUCAUCCUCUUCAGCAUGCUGUAAUGGUUGCAAUAGAUCUUGUUGCUCAAAGUCAAGGAGGCGGCACUUGGAAAAUGACUGAUCCUAAUUUAUUCUUCAAAAAAGAUACUUGCACAUCUACUGUUCCAUACUUGUGUACGGGUUAUGAAUUAUAUGUGACAAGAGAACCAUGCACUAUGUGUUCUAUGGCACUGGUUCAUUCUCGGAUCAAAAGGGUAUUUUAUGGUUGCCCAGUUUCUUGGGGUUCAUUGGGUUCUUCUAUGAAACUUCACACCCAAAAUGGACUGAAUCAUCAUUACGAAGUAUGGAAAGGUAUUCUUGAAGAAGAAUGCAGAAAGUUGUCAGAACACUGUAUCAGUUGAUCAACAUGUUUAAUAAUUUUUUUAUAUGUUUAUCUGAUUAAAUAUAUAUUUAUUUAUACAAUAUAAUGUGUUCAUGAAUUAAUUUAACAUAUCUGAAUUGUUCUUAUUUUCUGAAUACUGUCACGUUUUUAUUCAAGUUAUUAUUUCUGUGUUUUACAUAACAUA